GAGAGGCCACGUUCGUUUACUUUCUCGUCGCCCAAUCUCUACGGUCCAACUCUCCAUUUUUUAUUAUAAAACAAACGAACCCUCUCUCUCUCUCUCUCUCUCUCUUUGCUCUUUCUUCUUCAUUCUGCGGCUGCUUCCCGUCGCCCAUAGACUUCCUCUUCCCAAGUUUUUGCUUUCUUUUCCGCAGGCUGAUUCGAUUCGUUCAGAGAGAUGGGCAGCGGUGGAUUUUCAUGGAAACUGGCCGAUCACCCGAAGCUCCCAAAGGGAAAGGUCGUGGCGUUGGUGGUCUUGGAUGGUUGGGGGGAAGCCAAUCCCGAUCAGUACAACUGCAUCCACACUGCCGACACCCCCGCCAUGGAUUCCCUAAAAAACGGUGCCCCUGAUACGUGGAGAUUGGUGAGGGCGCAUGGUAAGGCCGUAGGGCUUCCCACAGAGGAUGACAUGGGGAACAGUGAAGUAGGUCACAAUGCUCUUGGUGCUGGGAGGAUUUAUGCUCAAGGGGCAAAACUUGUUGACUUUGCUCUCGCAUCUGGGAAAAUUUAUGAUGGAGAUGGUUUCAACUACAUUAAGGAAUCCUUUGAAACUGGCACAUUGCAUUUGAUUGGGUUAUUGAGUGACGGUGGUGUUCACUCCCGACUUGAUCAGUUGCAGUUGUUGCUAAAAGGUGCCAGUGAGCGCGGUGCCAAAAGAAUUCGUGUUCAUGUUCUUACUGAUGGUCGAGAUGUUUUAGAUGGUUCAAGUGUAGGAUUCGUGGAGACCCUUGAGAAUGAUCUUGCAAACUUACGCGCGAAGGGUGUUGAUGCCCAAAUUGCAUCUGGUGGAGGUCGCAUGUAUGUGACAAUGGAUCGUUAUGAGAAUGACUGGGGUGUUGUGAAACGCGGAUGGGAUGCCCAAGUUCUUGGUGAAGCUCCUCAUAAGUUUAGGAGUGCUCUUGAAGCUGUCAAGAAAUUGAGGGAGGCUCCUAACAUGAGUGAUCAAUACCUACCACCUUUUGUUAUUGUUGAUGAACAUGGGAAAGCUGUUGGUCCUAUAGUGGAUGGUGAUGCUGUUGUGACUAUCAACUUCCGAGCAGAUCGAAUGGUUAUGCUUGCUAAGGCACUUGAAUAUGAAGACUUUGACUUAUUUGAUCGUGUUCGGUUCCCUAAAAUCCGGUAUGCUGGUAUGCUUCAGUAUGAUGGGGAGUUGAAGCUCCCAAGCCGGUACCUUGUUUCUCCUCCAGAGAUAGAGAGGACAUCUGGUGAAUAUUUAGUUCAUAAUGGUGUGUGCACUUUUGCUUGCAGUGAGACUGUCAAAUUUGGUCAUGUCACUUUCUUCUGGAAUGGAAAUCGCUCUGGGUGCUUUAAUCCAGAGAUGGAAGAAUAUGUGGAAAUUCCUAGUGACUCUGGAAUUACAUUUAAUGUGCAACCAAAGAUGAAGGCUUUGGAAAUUGCUGAAAAGGCUAGGGAUGCUAUUCUGAGCCGCAAAUUCCACCAGGUACGUGUUAACCUACCUAAUAGCGACAUGGUAGGCCACACGGGAGACAUCAAGGCCACAGUUGUGGCUUGCAAGGCUGCUGAUGAAGCUGUAAAGAUGAUCCUUGACGCAAUUGAGCAAGUGGGUGGAAUAUAUGUUGUUACUGCUGAUCAUGGAAAUGCUGAGGACAUGGUGAAGAGAAACAAGAAGGGGGAGCCUCUUCUUGACAAGAGUGGCAACAUUCAAAUACUUACCUCUCACACUCUACAACCAGUGCCUCUUGCGAUUGGAGGACCUGGGCUGGCACCUGGUGUAAGAUUCCGGAAGGAUGUUCCUGAUGGUGGGCUUGCCAAUGUGGCUGCGACUGUGAUGAAUCUGCAUGGAUUCGAGGCUCCUAGUGAUUAUGAGACAACCCUAAUUGAGGUUGUCGAUUGAUGGCGGCUAUUUGAGAAUACUUUUGAGUAAUGUUAAAUUUUGUCUGAGAGCUUGUAGAUUAGGCCAUGUGUGGUAAUGUUAAAUAAAGACCUGAGUGGAGUCACCAGGCAACUUCAUUCCAAUCUGUGUCUGAUUCUAAGUUGAUGGAUGAAUCGAAUCCUGUGCUAUUAUUUAUUGAUACCAUCUAAUUUUGAACUU